AUACGUCUCCCUCCAUCAAGUAACCACAGCCGAUUCAGCUUCAGCCAUCCAGCCAAAUCCACCCCCUUCACCGCCACCAAACACCAAACCAACCAACCCCCAAGGCAAAGAACAACGAAGAAAACAUGCCGCACAAACCCCUCCGCCAACUAGCAGCCGAAAAAGCCCGCGGCAACAAGCCCUGCAACCCCUCCCAGCUAGGCGACCCCAUCGACCUCAAGGCCGAGACCAGCGACCGCGAGCCGGACCCGGCCGCGGAGGCAGAGAUGGAGGCGGAGGCGGAGCCGUCGUCGCCGUCGCCGUACCCUCCUUCUGUUGUCGCCGGCGGCGGCGGCGGCGGCGGAAAAAAGCGGGAUAGGGGCAAGGGCGGGGACCGUGAUCGGAUCGGGACGGAUCUGAAGAUUCCGCGCGCGGCGCUCGAGGGGGAUGCGAUGGCGCGCGGGGAGGAGGAGGGGGUUGUUGUUGGCUUGGGCAGUGGGGCGGGGCCGGUUGGGGGGGUGAGGAAGGGGUCCAAGUUGUGAUUCUUCUGUCUUUUUUUUUUUUAUCUUCAUGUCUGUGUCUCGCUUGUCCGGUUUGUCGGUUCCUGCAUCUUGUCUCUUUUCUCCAUUUGGUUUUGGUUGCUUGGGGUGUAAGUGAAGUCACGGCGGCGUUGAUAGUUUUACCAUAUGCUGUUCAUCAGCCUCUAAGUUGUAACGAGUUGGACGGAUCUGCUGACCAUCUUUAGGGGGGGG